CUUUUAUAUAUAUAAAUAAAAGAUAGAGAUGUAUUUUAAGGCAUAAAGCGUCUUAUUUAAGUACUAUUUAAACAUAAUUAUAUAGAAAGAACGUUCGUUUGUUUACAUCAUGGGCGCAUAAGGAAGAAAGCGACGGUCAUCGAGACGUAAAGGUUGACACACUUCAUCAUUGAUGAUGCCAGUUCAAACAGAUGGCCCAGAUGAUUAUAAGACCAAGUACAAAACUCUGAAAAGGAAACUGAAGCUGUUAAUAUAUGAAAAUGAGUGCUUCCAAGAAGAAUUACGCAAAGCACAGAGGGCACUCCUGCGUGUGCGCAGAGACAAAUCUUUCCUGUUAGAUCGUCUCUUGCAGUAUCACAGAGGGCCAGACUCUUCUUCAGAUUCAGAGCAAACUGAGGAAUCUGACACAGAGAUGGAAGGAAAGAUUGAUGCAAAGAGUUGCAGGAAGCGUUUGAGCAUGGAAGGAUCAAUGUCAGGUUCUGGUAACACGCACGGAUCAAGCAGUAAACCUCCAUCAAAAAAGAAGAAAUCUAGUAAUAACAGCAGCAACAGCAGCAGUAGUAAAUCUAGCAAACAUAGUAGCAGCAAGCAGACUUCAUCUCCGCACGUUACUUUAGGGUCUAGUGUCGCUUCCAGUGACGUUCAGGCGACUUCUAGCAUCUCCACAAGUGUGUCAUCGCCUGCAGCUUUGUUACCUAAAAUUAGUGGUUCCAAUCUUUCUGCUGGAGCAAUAGCAGCUUUGUCUGCACGUCGUCAAGCAGGCGGUUUAGGAGGAGGAACGCACAAUGAUGGACAGCUCAGUCGCGAGGAAGUAGAAAGGCGUCUUGCAGCCCGGCAACCCAUGAAUGAUUUCACCACUACUGUGUCACUGACUCUGCCAAAUCAGCUCUUUUCGGACAAUAUCAUGGAAGGAGAUCUAAUGGAUGAUGAUGUUGAAACUUCCCCAAGCAACAUUGAAGAGGAUGUCACUGUUGACAAUUAUGACUAAUUGCAAGUUUUCAAAACUUCAGUUUACCAGAAUUCAUUUACCAACAAAAUGUUUUACUAUAAUUUCUAGUGUAAUUACAUAAAAUAUUACUCUUA